CCCGCGACGCCAUUCUGCUUCCACGUUGGAAGUAGUCGGCAACCAGCCUCUUAGUUUUUAUAGUUUUUCUUUAAGUUUAAUUAUUUUCUCGCUUUUUACCAGUUUUAUUUCAUUAAAAAAUAUAUAUUUGUUAUUUAAAGUAAAGUUUAUUUAUUUCUAUUAAUAGGAAGGGGUGCCCAUCUCGUUAGGUGACCGUCAGUCGGUGAUCGGUGCGUGUGGUGUGUGUUUGGGUCGCCGAUUAUAGCGAUCGGCUGACCGUAGGAUUCCCGGAAAUUACAAUCGGUGGUGUGGGGUGUUUGUUUUGGUUCAUCUAAGUGAAUUCGGAAUCAAUUGAAACCAACAUAUUCAGGAUUGUCAUCAGGCAUAUGGAAACAUGUCUGUGCUUUCAGAUUUUAGUUUCCUUGAUGUCAUAUUUGACAAAGAUGAAAACAUUAAAUUAGAAGAAGAUAUCAAAAUAGAAUCCGAUCCUAAGGAUGAUGAGAAUGUUGAAAACUAUUGGGACCAUUCGGGUGUUGAUCUGUUAGACUCUGUUCUUUUUAAUCAGCCACUUGACUUUUUGCCAAAUGAAGAUUUACUAUCACAGCAAACACUUGGAAAUGUUUCAGGAAGUUCUGCCUCUGAUAGUGGGCUUUCAAGUGAUCAACAGUUUUCUCCAGUUUCAUUUGAUGAAAUCGAGGAAGAUAAUGGCGAAAUCAAGCCUAAUAUUACCCUCGACCAAUCAAUGCUCAAUAUGCUCUGUGAAGACGAUACAUCUUCUGAUCAAAUAACAUUACAUAAAAGUGAUGAUGAUGAUCCAAUUGACGUUUGUACUGUAAAAACUUCAAAGCCUGUUGUACGUGUAAAGCCGUCCAUCUCAAGAACAAAUACUAAAGUUCUUAAUAUAUCAGCUCUUCAAAAUAAGCCAAGGUCGAUAUUAAUACCAGUUAAAGGAAAAAAUGGUGUGAAAACUAUUAAAAUUAUCAAGCCUUCAGUUCGAAUACCAAGAAGAGUUAAAACAGAACUUGUUGAAGAAGUUAAGUCUUCCAGUGAAGAAACUGGUGAUGAAGGAGAUCAGCAGUCUAAAUAUCCCAGAGUGCAACUUACAGAGGAGGAAAAGAGAUUGAUGGUUAAAGAGGGGAUAUCAAUUCCUACUCACUAUCCUUUAACGAAACAAGAGGAAAGGGAUUUAAAGAGGAUUAGGAGGAAAAUAAGGAAUAAAAUAUCUGCCCAAGACUCAAGGAAAAGAAAGAAGGAAUAUGUUGAUGGCCUAGAAGACAGGGUUAAGCAGUGCUCUGUCGAAAAUGCCAACCUCAUGAAAAGAGUGAAAGCAUUACAAAAUGAAAACCAAAGUUUAAGUACUCAACUCCGCCGGUUACAAGCUCUUGUGAGCCAUGGGAGUACUCAACCAGGAACUUGCCUCAUGGUUCUUGUUCUAUCUCUUGCCCUAAUCAUGGCACCCAACAUGAGGAAUACUACGCGCACAGCAACAAAUAAUGAUCUCUCAAUCCCUGAACCCAAGUCAAAUCUCCUGACAGGCGUGAGAACGAGAAAUGUUCUGUCAACAAAGUCAGAAUUUCUGGAACCACCACUUGAUGGCGAUGGUAUUGUUCCAGAGCACAGUAUGACAAGAGGUGCUUCAGAACAUGACCAUGACUACAUCAUUACCCACCGUCCUCAGUCAAGGAAGAGGUCAAGAGCUUUCAUUGUUCCUCCAUUAGAUGAAACUUGGCCACCACCGAAAGCAGGUAUAUUAACCAAACGAAACAGAACUACCUCUAGGGUUGAGUCGAUGGAACAACAUAUCCUAGAGGUAGAGGUCUCGUCAGAAAUGUAACACAUGCUGAUCUGCUGCUGUUCCCUCUUAUCUUUCUCCUUUUGCAGUUUUAGUUUUAUUUUAGUUAUAAUUAUUAUAUUAACAAGAUUUUUAUCAGUAGUUUCUCCUGGCGAUAUUUUAAAUAUCUGCAAUCCUUUUACUUUGAAGAAGUCUCUAAUGUGAAUUUUAUCAAAUUCCAUGUGAUGACAAGUGUAGAUUAAAUUUUUUUUGUUUUAUCUUUUUUGGAGAAACUUCUGAGUAAAGAGACUUGUUCAUUUAUUAAUUGCACCAGACUGAAAUUAUGGAUGUAUUUAUUAUUUUAUUUAGUUGUAACAUAAUUUUGAGUAUGUAGUACAAUUUUUUUUUUUUUAUUCAGUUUAAAUUAUUGUUUAAUUUUAUAUUUUGGAAUGUUAUGUGCAAUUUUUUACAUUGUCCUGUGUUAUUGUUUCAAAGUACUGUGUACUGUAACAAUCACUUGUAUUUGUAAAAUAUUAUUUUGUUAAAAUUUUUCCUAGUUUAUUAGAAAAUUGUUUUAAAUUUAAUUUUAUUUACUAUUAUUUGUUUUGUUGUGAAACAUUAAUUUAUUACAUUCCUUGGAAAUUUAUGUUUGAAUUAUAUAAUUGUGACCCAGAUAACUAAAUAGGGGUCAAAGACUGUUUCUAAACUUAUUCAGAUUAAUUAAUAAAAUAAAUGAAAUCGUAAAGAGUGAUAAUGCUUAAAGUAUUACAUUCGUAGACAAAGAUUAUAGUUUCCUUGAUAGUAACUAGAUAAGAAGAGACAUUUUGUCUAAUAUAUAAUUAAAUAUAUGUAUUCUAUUCAUUGUAUCGAGGAUUGAGUCAGUGUGACGAUUCCUAGAUGUGAAGGUCUCAUCAGAAAUAUCACGUACUGAUUGAGAUUCUUUUGUAUUAUCUCCUUUUAAUAGUAAUCAAUAUAUUAAUUAUAUAUUAGGUUUUUAAUAUUAUAUUUUUUUAUAUCAUAAAAAAUCUAUUUUCAACAAAUAAAUUUUUAUUUGCGGGUAUUAUUUUAUGUAUAUAGUUUCUAUUAAUAGAAUUUUAUUGUAUCGAUUAUAUAUUGGAAAUCCACUCCAUAUGUUAUUUCUUUUGUAAAUAGAAAAUUUGUUAUAUAUUGUUAUAUUUCUUAUAUGCUUUAUUUAACUUAUAUAUAUAUCAACAUUUCUGUUUUAAUUUCUUGUUAAGAUAUAAAUAUCGUUAUAAUUUGUGAUUUAAAAAUAGCUUUCUUAGAAUUUUGGGGUUGUAGAUACUGCCUAAUUUAAACAUAGUUUUACAAUUUUCAUAUGAAAGAUAAGAAUUAUGUAUGCGACUUUUGAUCUUCGGCUUUUCAUAUAUUAAACUGUAUAAACAAUUUCUUUCUAUUCGCCAGAAAAACAAAAGAAGGUUCAUACCAUCAUUCCAUUAUCCUUCUUUCUCUUGUUUUCUUUAUUACAUUAAUAAUAAAUUAAAAGACAUUUAGUUUUAGUUAUAUGCGUAAAGGGAAUGGUAAAAAUGUUCUGUGCAAUAUUUUAGAAGUUACUCUGUUUAUUGAUAAUGUAUCAAUAAUUUUUAACACCAAUGAUUCUAUUAUAGAAGUUAUUUUUAUUAAUUGAGCGUAUAAGAGAUGGAUUAUUCUGAGAAAACAAAGGUUGGGUUGGUCUGUUUAUACCCGAUGAUAUGUUAUUUUAUAAGUGUUUACAAUUCAUAUAAUGUGAAUUGUGGUAUAAGCAGCUCAAAUCUACCUUGGUAUCUUAACUCAGAAACAGCUGCUAUUAAAAUCCUAAUAUGGUUUUAAGGAAGAAAUGAAUUUGAAAUACGGUUGAGUUCGGUUUCUCACCUCAUCAUUGACCACUAAACCAUAAUAAGCCUUUAGAGAGUGUUAAAAAUUAUUCUUAUAAAUCUUUUUUUCUAAAAAAAAAAAAGAUUUGUAAUUAAAUAAUCUUGAAUAAUUGUACUUAGAUUAUAUUCUUAAUGUUUUGAAGUUAUAAAGUUAUCAUGAUCUUGCAUUCCCUAUUUUUAUUGUAUCUACACCAACAUUAUGUGUGCUAUUAUGUUGUAAUUGGGGUGGAUAAGGUGAGGAAUAAUAUUGAAAUGAUGCAUAAAACAAAGUAAACAGCAGCAUGUUGGACUGGAGG